CAAAGUAAGCCAGACUCGUUUUGAAUACGGAUUCAAAAACUUCCGGUUGAAAAGUGAAUGUUUAAAUUUCUGAGCACGCUAUCGAUAAAACUGUGUGUCGUAGAAAUCUCUUCUGUUUCCGGGUAAGUAAAUGCUACAUUUACAUUUAUUUUUUGGAUCAUUUUGUAAAUAUUUGCAUUGAAAAUGUUGAUUUCAAAUUCAACUCUGUCCAGCACGUGACGUAACAGCUUCGAAUCGAUCCAAAAUGUCCAACGCAGCCCAGAACCGAAAGCCACAGCAUGAGGUGACCCAGCUAUCUGCCGGGUUCCGGUGCGCAAUCUGCCAAAGUCUGUUUGCCAAGCAGUACUCGCUGAAACAUCACGAGCUAAAAACUCACGGAAUCGUACGGCAGGAAGACUGGAAACCGGCGCCAGCGACUAUGGCCGUUCCGCCGAGCGUCACAACGGUGGUCAUUCCGGCCAUCGAAACCCAAGCCAUGGAGGUGGCGAAAGCGCGCGGAGAAAUCCCGUUCGCGGUGCUGCACAUGAUGAACGAGGUUCCUCUGAUCGUGCGAGUGGUGGAGCAAGGACCGUUCAGUCUACUGAAGGCGGCCGAAUAUUGCGACUUCCGUGAGUCCCAGCGCGGUGGACCCGGGCUGGAGGAGGCCCACAGUGUAUCGAUCGCCGUGGUCGCGACGGUAUACCAGAAGAUCGACAAACAGGGAAGGCCGUUUUACGAAAUCACGGGACCGAUGUCGUGCUACCAAACUGGCAACAUUCCGCAGCUGGAGGAGUACAACGGAAUUAUGCAGGAAUCGCUUGAAAGCUCCAAUAUACACAAGACAUUGACACAGUUGAACGCGACGGAGAUUUCCUGUACGACGGCCGGAGCGAAGCGGAAAAGUUGCGGAUUGCCAGUCAUUCGUCCGCAUGAAGUAAAUGGCCCCUUACCCUCUACCUCUGUGACCAAUAAAAUUAAGCGGAAGAUUGCUCCUAAGCCAACAAACGCAGCGGUUCCUGUCCCGAUCAAACGUGCCACUCUGAAGCAACCCAGAGCCAUUGCCGUGGCCCAUAAUCCGGCAGAAGUUACCAUCCAUCAUAAUACUCCACCACGACUAUCCUAUCACCAGCACCAACCACUGAUCAAGGAGCGCAGCUUCCAGGACAUCGUAACCGGAUCGUUGCUAUCCCCUGAAAGACCCCCGAACCGACCCACCAUGAGGCAUGUCGAAACGGUCGAAGUGAUUUCGAUUGACCAGGAAGACCCAUUCCGAGACAUCAACGUGAUGGAUCUGAUCGGAACCGGGAACGAGAUGCUUUCGGCAGACAUGGAGGUGGACAUUGAAGGACCUGAUGAUGGAAUCUACAUUCCGGUACUUUAAAGCUAAGUAUUGUU